GAGACACUUUGCGUGUUUUCCGCACAAGAGGGUUCCGCUUUCGCUCCUUUUCAGUCAUAUGCGUUUUUCAUUCCGGCCAUCCGAACUACAGACGUUUAUCGUCGUUAAUUUUUAUGUUAUUCUGUGAUGGCUAAAUUGAUGCCUUCAGUUUCCUGUUUAUCGACGCCGUCUUAUAAAACUUUGUAAUAUUGUAAUAAAUGUUUAUUAAUUUUUUUUAUUUUUAUAGUCACCAGUUAAGAAAGUCACCCAACCUAAGAUGAAUUUAGGUGACAGAAGAAGGCCACCAGUGUACAGGCCAAAAUCAAGAACUGAUUCGAGUUUGAGUGGAGGUAGAACAGAUGGUGGCCGUUUGAGGGGUGACGGGGGCGGCGGUAGUAGCGACGAGGACUCCCUGAGGACGGACUUGCGCCAGAGGCUACAGGAAGAGGCCUCUCUUUACCGAAGACGGUUGGACACCUACCGUCAAGCCCAGCAAAACCAAGCGGCAUUGGUCAGUCGUCUUCAAGCCAAGGUCCUUCAGUACAAGCAAAAAUGUGCGGACCUGGAGGCGCAACUUACCGAAAACGUGACAGGCUUCGAUCAACCAUCGUCCCUGAAGUCCACCUAUCCCGUUGUUCCAUCAACGCCUUCCACCAGUUCUUCCGCAUUGGAGCAGGCGCAACAACAUUUGCGGGAGAUGCGGGAGGAGCGAAUAACCGACUUGGAUACUGCUUUGAGGAGAUUAGACGAUGAAAAAAGGAGAUCGGAAAAAUUGAUGCAGCUAAACUCGACCCUCCGCGAACAACUCGAAGAAUCUCACAGCACAAACGAAGCGCUGACGGCUGACCUCCAAAAACUGACCAACGACUGGGAGACUCUCAGGGAGGAGAUGCUCAUGAAGGAGGACGAAUGGAAGGACGAGGAACAGGCAUUCAAUGACUACUACAGCACGGAACACAACCGGCUGUUGAAUCUUUGGCGGGAUGUCGUUUCUGUUAAGAGGCUUUUCAUGGACGUACAAUCGAGUACUGAAAGGGAUCUAAACAAAAUUAAGGCCGAAGUUAAUGGAAUGGGCAAAGAGAUGAUACUUGCUUGUGGACGGAUGGAUAGCAACAUGUUUACCGAGAAUAUUCUAGGAGGCAAACAAAAAUACGAAAGUCAACAACAAUCUUCGGACUUAAAAUCAGAAAUCGAAUCUUUGAAACUACAACACGAUGCCUACCAAACCGAAUUACAAAUGAAAGAAGAUCGAAUCCAACAACUCUUAAAAGACAUUCAACUUUUGGAGGACAGAUGCGCAGAUGCUGAGCACAACGUUGGGCAGGUUGUAAAAAUGCAAGAAGAAAUCGACAUACUACAAGGAGCUCUACGGGAUAUUGCUCAUGCUCUCAUUCAAGAUGCUGAAACCAAAGACCCCGAAAUAAUACAAGCUACACACCUCCAUCUGAGUGGAUCCACACCCAUACCUCAAAAAUCACCCAAGAGGUCGGCGCGUAGUAUGACUUCCCCAGCAGCAUUUGCUGAGAGUACGAUAUCAGCUGUGCAAGCCGCCUUGCAUAAAUAUCAAUCAUUCAUUCACGAACUACAGGUGAAACUCCAAACAAACAAGGAGCAACUUUUGUUAGUUCGAAAGCAAUUCGAAAACUCAGAAGACAACGUAGCAGCAUUAGAAAAACGGGCUAAGGAAUUAGUAUCUCAGCUUGACGCCAGCCGAGCACAUUGUUCACAAUUAACACAGGACAGAGAAGUGUUACAAAAAACGUUAGACACAGUCAAAGCCGAUAAUGCCACCUUGGAACGCAACCGACUAGAAAUUAAUCACAUGCUCGAAACACUAAACGGAGAUUACGAUAAGCUUCAGAAGCACAACAACAAAAUGCAAAAGGACUUGGAUGCACUGCAUGAUGAGAAAAUUUUCCUUCAAUCGGAAAUAGAUCGACUUAAUCAGGAUGCUGAUUUAAGAGAGAUUAGCCUAAGAGGCGAGGAAGAUAGAUGUAGCAGGAUGAGGGAGGAAUUGCUCACUGUUCGAGAAGAACUGAAUAAACUUUACCUAUCUCAUGACAUGUUAGAGCAACAAAAACUCGAAGCCGAUAACAUGAUAUCAAAUUUAGAAAAAAUUAAACUUGAUUACGAAAUUCAAUUGGACAAAGCUUUAGGUGAGAGAUCAAAUGUGCAUGACUCUCUGAUGAAAAAGGAAAAUAUAGCUUCCAAUCUUGAAUUGGACAAAAAGAAAUUACAGGAUGAUUUGAAAAGGCUGGAAGACGAAAAAUCAGCGUUGCAACAUCAGUGCAACGAUCAUCAAAACGACAUACAAUCGCUAAGAAAAGAACUACUUCAAGCGGAACAACUAAAAUUGGACCUAGAAUCUGAUAAAGUAUCCUUGUCAGAAAAAUGCAAGUUUUUGGAAAUUGACAAAGGAAAGAUUGAAAUGGAAUUGAACCAAGUCACUCGCGAAAGAAACGAUCUCAGCAACCAAUUAACGGUUCUUGGAAGAAAACGAGACGCUAUCAAUGAAGAAUUAGUCCGUACGCGCCAGAGGCUGGAACAAGCAAACGAAACUAAUGCCAGAAUCAACAGAAAUUUAGAAGAAUUAGUCAAAGAAUGUGAAGAAAAACAAUGCACCAUAGAUGCGAUGGAUAAAGAGAUACAACGUCACCAAGAACUAUUGGCUGCUGUGCGAUCGGAAAAGGAAGCUCUAGAAGCAGUACUGUUUGAUACUCAAACAAACUUAGAAGCUUCGGACGUGAAGAAAAUGCAAUUGGAACAGGAACAACAAGACCUACUUGUAAAACAGGAACAACUAAAAUCACAAAUUGCCAGACUUACGAAAGAUUUGGAACGAUCCGAAAAGAAAUGCGUGGAAAUCAAAAACAGUUUCACCCAACAAGCUGGCAACAAGGACGUGGAAUACAAACAAACCGUUGACAAAUUAAAGCAACAAAACGAGGAGAACUGUAAAAAAUUGACAGAGGAACGUGAGAAAAUCCGUUCGUCACUUGAAAAGCGUUUACAACAAUCCCUUCAGCAAUUGGGCAAUGAGAAAGAUGCCGAAAUUCAACGAUUGGUGGAUAGAAUUGAAGAAUUGCAAAAUCACAUUGAAAACUUGUGUCAACAGCAUGAGGAAUUAAUGCUUCGUGCUGAAAACGAUAAACAACAAGCUUUAUUAAUUGCUCAUCAUGAUCACCAGGCGGUCCAUGACAAAUUAGAAGCAACCAAGAGGGAACUUGAAGGCGAAAGGGAUACUCUCGAGAGGUUCCGCAGGGAAGCCAACGGCAGGUUCGAACAAGAUCGUGCCAAUAUUAAUCAACUUAAAGAGGAACUCAACAAAUUUAAGACUCGUUUGGAGGAAACUAAAUCACGGUACGAAGACGAGAAAAUUAAAUUGGAGCAACGCUUGGAAGAAGUAAAGUGUGAACGAGAUAAUUCUCAAAGUGAAGUGGAAAAUCUUAAGGUUCAGCUACAUCUAGUGGAAGAUAAAAGUGAAAGUGUUAAUAACCAGUUACAUGAAACUAUCAGAAAAUUGAAAGAAGCCGAGAACAAUUCCGAAAGCCUCCGAAAGGAACUGACAGAUGUUAGAAGACUCUUGGGUGAUAGUAAUUUCGAAAAAGAAAAAUACCACAAUACUAAUAAGGAGCUCAGAGAUCACGUCAAAAGGACUGAAAGUGAAAAACGUGAACAGGGACGUCAACUAGAAGAAGCUCUACAAAAAAUUGCCAAUUUGGACGAUGUUAAACUGUCUCUUGAAAAUGAACGUAAUCGUCUCCAGGGUCAAAUAAGAGAUUUAGAAAAAGAUCUUUUACAAUCCGAACAUAAAUCACAAAGUAUACACGAAGAACUACAACGAUUUCAAGCCUCCAACUCACAGCAGCAAGUGGAGGAAAAAGAACUUCAAGCCCGCCUUCUUAAUGAGGUCGAGGAACGUGAAAGAGCACAUCAAGAAGUUCAUCAGCUAAGAAAACAGAUGUCUGAGUUAGAUCGAAAUCUGGAACAAACCAGACAAGAAUUGGGACGAACUAGAUCUCACAGUGCCCAGUUGGAAGAACAGUGGCACGCUCGUGAACAAGAUCUUCUGGUUCAUCUAGAAGACAGUAGAGCUAGAGAAAAACGACUUGAAGACCAGAAACACAAUCUUGAAGUGUGUCUUGUCGAUGCCACUCAACAAAUUCAAGAAUUAAAGGCUAAACUUGGAGGCUCUGAAGGUAGAGUCAGGGCUCUAGAAGCUCAACUCGGUCAACUCGAAACAUCUAAACGUGACAUAGAACAAAAACUAUGUAGUGUCAUUUCUACGUUACGGCGCAUCGCUGGUGUUCAACUGGAUGGUUCUGUUUCUAUGCCUUACAGGCUUCUAAGUCCAUCAAGGAGGUGGAGUCCUGCCAGAACUCAUGAUGAUGGUAGGGAUGGCUCCAUUGAUAUCGAUCCAGAAGUGGUACGGAAAGGCGUUAGAAAUCUUAUGCAGCAAGUUGCACAAAUUGAAAGAGAAAGGGACGACUACAAAACCCAAAUUAACUCGGCAAAGAAACAACUUCAAGAAGCUCACGAGAGCCAAAGCAAAGGUGACAGUAAACUAAAUAAGGUUUUACAAAGCUUAAGAAGUCUUCAGGAAGAGAAAGGAAGUUUAGAAGCUAAAUUAGGACAAAAAGCUAUUGAAUUACAGUCACAGACUGAAGCUUUAAAUAAGAAGACUGAUGAAGCUAAACAAAUGAGAGACAAAAUUGUAUCAUUAGAACUUACUGUUAGUGGUGGUAACGAACAAAAACUACAAUUUGAGGAUAAAAUUGAAAAAAUGAAAGUGGCACUAGCUAGACUAGAAGCUGAGAAACGUGGUUUGCAAGAAGAAUUGGCCAGAACCGAGAACAGAUCUACUAAAUUGGAACUUCAAAGAAUGUCUGCAGAAGGGGACCUACAACGAUUGCAAAUGAUGUUACAAGAAAAGGAUGGAACAAUUCAAAAACUUCAAGAAAAAUGUGACGCCCAAAGUCGGUCAGUAGCGAGUUUGGAAGAACGAUGCGUCUCUUUAAAAUCAACUAUUGAUCAGUUGAAUCUAUCCUUGGAAAGAGCUGCAACAACUGAAUCCGAUCUUAAAUCUGAACUAUCCAGCUUGCAAAGAUCACUAAUGGAAACUACAUCAGUUUCUCAUUCUAGUUCUGAGAAACUCAAACAUUUACAAAAAUCGUUGGCGAAUAGUGAAAAUGAACGACGAGUGGUCACCGAACGCAUGGAGGCCACCCAACAAAAUCUAGCCGAAAUGCGAAGAAAUAACCAAAUACUUCAAGAUCAGGUUACUAGACUAAACAAUGAACUAGCAAACAACGAAGUACAAAGAUCCGGUCUUGAAUCUCAACUAAGACUAGCUCAAUGGCCUCAGGACACAGCAAUCAGCGGCCACGAAGAAGAAGAGUUGCGCACUCAACUCCACAUGAUUAGCAGAGACAGAAAUGAGCUCAGAGGUAAAGUAGAUGCACUAAAUAAUAAAGUACGACAAUUGGAAGCCGAAAAACGAAGUCUCGAACGAUCAGCUAAAACACCAAGCAUGACAGUUCGAAGUAAAUCGUAUGAAAGACCCGAGAAAUAUGAGGCUGACUCUAGCAUUACGGAGAUGGAUCACCGUUAUGAACAAGAGAAUCGGGAGUUGAAAAUUAAGAUAUCCCGAUUAGAGUCUGAAUUACUCGAUAAAGAAGCUGAGCUGAACAGGUUGCGUAAUCAAAGACCUGGACUUGAUUCAAAGUUUGAUAGGGCGGAAAUCGAGCGCUACAGGGCUGCACAAUUACAAGCUGAAAGGUUACUCGAAGCUAGGGAACAAAGUCACCGACAACAAGUCGCCCGAUUGGAAAAUCAAAUAACUCUUCUAAGGGAUCAAUUGAAUCAAGAAAUCAAACGCAGGCAACAAUAUGUGCUGCGCAGCUCAAAGGCUGGCCGCGAGAUGCAACAGCUUCGUCAAGCACUUGGUGACUCGUUACGCACUGUGUCCCAAGAUCCGUCCCUCGACGCCCUCCUCCUCGAACAUGAGGCAAGAAAAUUGGAUAACACUCUUUCGAACACUGCCAGCUUGCCACCCGCUCUUGGACUGCCCUCCUCUACUUACCGGAGGUCUACCACUCCCCAACCCAAAUAAAUUGUUCAAUUAAAAUAAGUAGUCAUGGAUGUAUUUUAUAUGUUUAGGUGAUGCUAUUUGUUUAUUAUACGUUCAGACAUCAUUACCAUUGAAGUAUGAGUAAUUAAUUAUAAUAAGUAUAGUUUGUUUUUAAGUACGAAGGGAAGGAAUUACACGUACUUUUUUAACAAAUGUCGUAUAGAUAGAUAGUAGUUCUUUUCUUGAACCAUAUUGUUACUUCGUUUAUGUAUAAUUAAUGAAGUUUUGAGACAAAAACAACAUUGUUUACACAUAAAUGAGGUUUAAAUCGCACAGAUUUUUAGAAUAAGUACCUAAACCACUGCCAUUUUAUAUUUUGCUCAAAGUUCUUCAAUGACGUCAUGAUCAAUCACAGGAUAGGUUUCGAUUCACUGAAAUAUAAUUAGGAGUGAUGUUUUAUAAGCUAAACGUAUGAGUACUUAAUUUUAACAAUAUCCGUCCAUUUUUUAAGUGUACCUUAUAUUUAAAUUGCAUGAAUAAAUUAUUACACAUAAGA